AUGGAUCAGAAAGCCAAAUUUGAUAGAAUCUGUGAGUUGGUUGUACGGGUGAGCUCUCAACCUGAAUCCCUCGACACUGUCGGCCCGGAUACCUCCCAAGCAUAUAUGACCGAUUUGACGUGGAAAACAAAGGCUGAGUUCAAGGAAUGGAUUAUUUCCAAGGCAAAAGAGAAUAUGUGCGUAAUUGUUCAAAGCAAACACGUUGAUUGUAAGCAAAUGGAGAUGGUAUGCGAGAGAGCGGGGGAUAAGGAAGAAAGUCACAAAGGGAAGAACUACAAGUAUGUGAAGAAGACGACGAGGGUCUACAAAACUUCGUCGAAGAAGAUAAAAUUCCCCUUCAGGAUUGUUUUCAAAAGGCAUCCUGAAACUCUACCAUGGUGGAUGUAUAGUAUUCCCGAUGGUCGUCACAACCAUCCUCCACCUAGUACUCUUUUAGGGCACCCAGCAUAUGCCCGAUUGAAACCACAUCAAAUGGAAAAGGUUCGCCAGAUGAAGCGAUGUAGGCCCCUUAAGAUUCUAAAUGCAAUAAAGGCGGAAGAUAAGUCAAACUUGUCUAUUCUUUCCACAAUCUACGUUGCCAAAGAAACGAUCAAGAGAACUGAAUGGGAUGGUAGAUUAAUUAUGCAACAAUCAGAGUGGUUGGAAGAAAAACAUAACUAUGACAUGCAAACAAGGGUCGGUCCGGGCUACAAAGUGACUCAUAUUUUUCUUGCCCAUCCUAGGAUGAUGGAUUUGGCACAGUGCUUUUACCAGGUCUUGUUCAUAGAUUGGACCUAUAAAACCAACAAGUAUAACAUGUCGUUGUUGAACGUGGAUAGUCAUACUUCGGAUAAGCAAUCAUUUACCGUGGCAUGGUGCUUUAUGGAAAAGGAAGAAAUAGAAGACUAUGUUUGGGCUUUGGAACAAGUUAGGUUGAUUUACCGUGGCGAAGAGACACCGCAGGUUAUAUUUACGGAUAUGGAUUUUGCAGUCAUGAGUGUCGUUCGUCAAGAAGUUAUUCAUGAGCACGCCCGGGAUGAUCUUAGCAAGAUAGUGACUCAGAUGGAGUAUAGUAAGGACCGUUUUUUGAAGCAAUACCUGGAAGACAAACAAUUUCUACGCGGGGUUUCGCACCAAGUGUCAUGGUUGGCAAUAAAGCAUAUGAUGGCUGAACUUCACAGAUUUCGAGCGAAAGCUUCAAGUGGAAAAGUGAUGAAUUGUAAUUGUACAACUGAGACGUGGCUUGGCCUCCCGUGUAGACAUAAGCUUGGUGGUUACAAGUCGCUCAUUCAUAUUGAAGAUAUCGAUCCUUUUUGGAAGCAACUUUCAUUCACCCCUAAUCCCACAGGAGCCGCUGAUGAACAAUUUGGAGACCUUGAGAUUGGAAAGUAUAUCGGUGAGAAAUAUCAAAAAGCGCAUUGUGCAGGAAGACAGAUAUUGGUUUCUAAUUUGUGGUCGGCUGCCCGUAAGAGCUUGGGAGUAGAAGAAGAGCCAAUCAAACAAAAACCAUUGGGCAGACCAACAACAAAAAAAUCAUUUAGAGAAACCGUGAAGGCGUCCAAGAGUUGCAAAAGUGACCUGUCACAUCAUGAUUAUAUCCAGGCGGAAUAUACAUAG